AUGUCGAUCAAGUACAACGAGAAAAAUUUCCCCUACAUCGAUCUCGGGCAGGGCUACAUCAUCUACCUCGAGGAUGAGGACUACACGGACCCGCGCUGGGUCGUAAAGGCAGAACAGGAGCUACAAGAAACACCUGAACAUAAGGCUCGCUCGUUAGAACAGCUGCGUGAGUUGCUUCGUGGUGAGAAAAAGCUCACCGUACCGCUAGAUGACGAGAAGUACCUGCUGAAGUUCCUGCGGCCGCUGGCGUACGAUGUCCAGAAGGCAUUCGACUGCAUCCGGCACACGUACACGAUGAAGCGCUCCUACGGCAAGGAUUACUACGAAGGACGUAUCAAACCAUCGCACAUCCGGCAUAUCUACGACGCGGGCAUGGUGAACUUCCUGCCACUCCGUGAUGACGACGGUUGCGGCAUUUGCGUGACGCAGCUUGGCCGCAAGUGGAACACGUCGAAGAUCUCGAUGUAUGACGUUGUGGCCCUGUUCCGCAUCAACAUUGAGGCCUCGCUGAUGGAUCCAUUGGUGCAACUGAACGGCAUACGGAUCAUCUUUGACUUCGACGGCUUGUCCAUGUCACACGUUGCGCAGGCGUCACCAAAACACGCCAUGGUGAGCCUGCAAUGGAUCCAGAAGUGCUGCCCGCUGCAGCUCAAGAGCAUCCACAUCGUCAACAACUCGAUGCUGUUCAACGUACUGUUCACCAUCUUCAAGCCGUUCAUUUCGAAGGAACUGCGCGACAAGAUGCACUUCCACAACCGAGACUACAGCUCGCUGAACAAGUGCAUUAGCCCAAAAUGUCUGCCACCGGCGUACGGUGGCACGCUUGACGCGGCUGAGUGCGAAGGUCAACUGCUUGGGGACUUCAUGCAGCUCUACGACAAGCACUACGAAGCCAUGGACACGUUUGGCUACGACGAAAGCAGUUCCAACUAAUGGCAGCACUCGUCAGCCGGGUGCUGAGUCAGCGAUCGAAUCUACCGCCGGCUAAUCUGUGAUCGACGUCGUAUCGGACCCCUGUGAGCGCUGAACGUGCCCCUGCACGUUCAGUUUUUGCCUAAUAAAUACUGGAGCGGAGACUGCUCGUGUCCUUGACCGGAGGGUGACAGGUGAUGCAUCGCGACCGGAAUGGACGCUGAACGGAUGUUCGCUCCUCGAUCCACAAGACUUCUUCCCAGGCGAAUCCAACACCUGACGAACUGGGCACACAAUUAUGUAAGUGGUAGCGGGAGCAUAUAGCAUAGUUUGGGGAUUAACGGUAGGAUACAAAGCAGUCAAUACGUCAGCGACAUUGAAACGUGAGCUGGAACCACGCAUUGUUCACGGUCUCGUGUAGACAUUAUUUCACACGGGCAUAAAUUAAAGUUCAAGUACCGCGCGAAAGUGAGCCUUUGUGACGUGAAACGAAGAAUGACCGUCUAUUUAUUCGUUUCAUUAGCCACGUGCAGCAUUGCGUGUUAAAAAGCUUCGGUUUGUUUUAGGAAGGUUGUUGCAACCACAGAGCGUAUAGGGCGUGUGAAGUCAAACUAAAUUCAUACAGUUAAGUACAGCUAAACACAAAAUCAAACACCGAUGAAACGACUUAGGUGAAGUGUAAGAUGAAUUUUAUAUUCACUAAUAGCUAUUUUUAAUAAAAAAUAAAUUUUAA